GCACCGGUGGGUGGGAAUUAUCGACACAGUCUUGUCAGUUGUCGCUUGACGAGCCGACUCCCCUACCCCAUGUGUUCCCUUUAGAUAAAAAUAUCUAAAAACUAUUCUAAAAUCCACACGUUCAAGUACCUACUCGGGUACUCAACUUUGACGCCGCCGAGACGACACACCUGUUGUUACUUUUACCGAGUGCUGAUUAGUCGUAUAUAGUACUAAAUACUAAUAGUAGUAGUAUAAAGAGAGAAUAAAGUGGUCGUCGCCGUAGUCGUGUAAUUUGGGUACUUAUUCCGUUUACGUUGAACAGGUACAGACUACAGAAGUCGACCGGUUAUAAUUACUAACAAAAAUGGAUUGGGAAUCAUUUUAUGACACUCACCCUUCUCCUUCAAACUAUGAAUCUACUAUAACCACUGUAGAGAAUUUUGUAUGCAGCCAUGAAAACAAAAAAAUGGUUUUGAUAACUUCCGGAGGAACUACAGUCCCAAUUGAACAAAAUACUGUCCGUUUCGUUGACAAUUUUAGUCUAGGAACUAGAGGUUCUGCUUCUGCUGAAUAUUUUCUUGAUGCUGGAUAUGUUGUUAUAUUUCUUUAUCGUUCAAAUUCAUUGGAGCCAUUUGUUCGCCAUUUCAACAAUUCACUAUUAGAUAAAUUGGAGAUUGUAGAUGAUAAAUUAAUACAAGUGAAACAAAGUGAACUUGAUACGCUCUUUCCAAUACUGAAGAAGUACAAAGACGCUAAAAAUGAUAACAGAAUCCUAACAGUUCCUUUCACUACAUUGAUAGAGUAUAUGUGGUUAUUGAGAGGUUCUUGCAUGCUUAUGGAUACCAAGUAUUCUUUACUCUAUUUAGCUGCAGCUGUUUCAGACUUUUAUAUACCACCCAAUGAAAUGGCUGAACAUAAAGUUCAAUCCAAAGACGGACCUCCAAUGAUUGCUUUACGACUGGUACCUAAAGUUUUAUACGCUGUUACUCAUAUUUGGGCUCCAAAUGCAUACAUAAUUUCAUUCAAAUUAGAGACUGAUAGUGGGAUUUUAGAACAGAAAGCCAAAGGGGCUCUUAUUAAAUACAAGCAUCAACUUGUUAUUGGGAACUUACUACACACAAGGAAACAUAAUGUCAAGUUAAUAGCUCAAGAUGGUGCAAUUGAAGAUAUUUUAUUGACUGAGACAGAUAUCAAAAAAGGAAUCGAGAUUGAAGAUUUAAUAGUAUCAAAUGUCAAAGCUAAACAUGACCAAUUCUUUGAAAGCCAAAAUUAAUGAAUUAAUAAUGUUUAAUCAAAAUUACAGUGUUUCAGCAAUUAGAGAUAUGCUCUUUUUAAAUUUUUUUUUUGAUUGAAAAAUAUUUAUUCUGUAAUACAGUGUUUUUUAAACUUUUUAAGUGAAGAUCUCCCAAAUUUUAGUAUCGAGUCUUGCAACUUUUAAAUCUUAAAGCAUUUUUAAUUUAUUAAUUUAUAUAAUCAGUAAAAACUGUUUUCUUAGUUAUUAUUUAGUUUUUCCCUAUAAAACAGUUUCCAUUAUUAACCAUAUAAGUUUGUCCUGAACGCGGUUUAGUAGCUCUUAUUAUAAUCUAUACAUAUAUAUAUAUAUAUAUAUAUAUAUUUUAUUCCUAAACAUAUAUUUAACUUAAAAGUAAUUACAUUAUAAUAAAAAAAUAGUUCUGCCACUUCUUUUCCUUCGAUAGUUUGCUUUUCAUUGUCAGUGUAACAAACUAUAAUAACAUCAAGCCUUAUAUUUAAAUAUUAUAUGUUAUCCUGGGUCCACUCAGGAUCGGUUUUUGUUUUGUUUCUGUUUUUAAAAAUAAUUUAGAUUGUCCCAUCUGUGUUGGGAAAAGUUGAGCUUAUGUUUGGUUCGGUUUUCUUUUUCUGUGUGGACCCAGUAUUAGAAAAAUCAUCAGAUUGAAAAACUCUAGGUACUAAUGUACUAUGAUAAUUCUGAUAUUUUAUAGUUGAUUAUUUGUUUGAAAGUUCAAACACAAGGUGGGAUACUGUGGUUUUAUAGUUUCCUAUAAAGCCAACACAAAAAAUAACAUGGUAGCUAAUCUAGUUGUAUAUUGCGGACUUUUUGGUUGGUUAUUAUAACAAUUGUAUUUUUUUUUCAACUGUUGAAACAAAAUCUGUGGUGUUUAUUAGUCUUAUGUAAGCUAUUUGUUUUUUUUAUGUGUUUCAAAAAAAUGUUACGGUAUUAUUAUUACUUAAUAAAAUUAUAAGAAUUGUACUUAUUUAUUCAAAUGAA